AUGGAGGCAGGAAGUCCUCAUCAAUCUGCCCGCAUGUACGAUGCAGGCCCCAAAUUUCCCCUACAUGCUGAGAUCCACGGCGUAGAUUCAGCGCCGCUCUCAGUAGCAGGUGAUUCCUCGCCAUACGUGAAUGGCAGCGAGUCAGCUGCGUCGAGUGGCGACGCGCGUCGUAAACAUGUGGGCGAGACCCUUCCACCUAAUGUGCAUGUGAUUCACGGACCAGGUGGCCGCAUUGUGUGUGUGUCAGAUAUUCGAGGCCAUGUACAGCGUCUCAACGAAAUUGCGGCAGAGACGCGCGCAUCUGUGAUUCUUCACACUGGUGAUUUUGGUUUCUACACACAGGAUAGUAUCGAGCGUAUGGGUGACCGCACGCUCCGUCAUGUGGUGCAACAUUCGCCACUGCUCUCUACGAAGCUGCGCUCGGUUCUACUCGAUAGCAGCGAUGCACGCGACACACAUCCGCCACUGACGAAUGGCCCAGUGCCCACGACGCUGCGACAGAUGCUGGCUGACCACCGCCGCGAGGCUGUUCUGUCGGAGUUUCCACAGCUGCUCUCAGGACAGAUCUCGCUCAAAGUCCCUGUAUUUACCGUGUACGGUGCAUGUGAGGACGUGCAUAUCGUAGAACGCGUUCGGAGCGGCGAAUAUCAAGUGCCGAAUCUGCAUUUGAUGGAUGAAAGUACGACGCAUGCCAUCGACGUUGGCUCGUUGCGGCUUCGUCUUCUGGGUUUGGGAGGUGCUAUUGUGCCCCACAAGCUAUUCGAUCACGGAUCGGCGCCUGGGACCAUGGCCGGUGGACAUGGCACAAUGUGGACAACCAUGCUCCAGCUGGGUGAGCUGUUUGAGAGUGCACAGCACGUGUAUGACCCAGCUGAGGUGCGAAUCCUUGUUUCGUACGGUGCGCCAGGCCGUGACGUGCUGAUUGACCAGCUGGCUCACGCUGUGCAUGCCGAUUUUACUAUCAGUGGCAGUCUGCAUUUGCGGCAUGCUAUGAGCUACAAUGAUGCGGGCGUGUACGGAUCGCUCGAGAUGUACCGCACCAAAAUGGCUCAGUCGAAGGAUCGGCUCCAGGACAUAUGGCAUGCUGUGCGCACGCAAGUUGAAGCGGCUAUUGAGCCUUCGCAGCGUGCACUGUUGACUCAUGCACUGCAUGUAGCGCUGCAUGUGCCAUCGACACUGGCCUCUUCAGCGCCUUCGUCUAAGGACGAUGCAUUUAAAAAUAUGUGGCAUUGGAACCUGCCCGAUGCGCAUUUUGGCUCCCUUGUCCUGAACGUGUCACAGGGACGCAUCUCGUCUGAACUUCGCAGCCAGGACCUGGGAUUCAUGUCGCGCCGCCGCCGCGGUUCGACGCCAUCUGUUAAAGUAUCACUGCCUGCACCGGCACCACCGCCGGGUCGUGCGUCGCCGCCGAAUGCCUCGGCGGCAGCCACACUCUUCCUCGGUCAUCUGGGCGAUGUUCACCCCGUCACCGAGCAAGAGAUCCACGCAUUCUUUGGCGAUCAUGCGCGCAACAUUGUACAGGUGCACUUUUUCCCGGAUCGCGAUCGCCGCGGCCAUGAUAAGGAAGAGCCGCGGAUGCGCAACUUUGUGCAUGUCACUUUCCAGAGCGAGGAGACGGCCAGGGAAGCUCUUGAGAGUCACCAGGGCCAGACAAUCAAGAAUACCAAUGUCGUUCCUACGCUCGAGCGCCUUGAGCGCUCUCGGACAAAGUCGCGUGCCCCACCAAAGAGUGAAGAAAGCCGAGGUCGCUCGCGCAACGGUCGCCGUGGCCGUGGCGGCCGUGGCGGCCGCGGACGCAAUACGAACGCUGCGAAUGCAUCUGAAGCGCCUCCAGCGGCAGCACCACAGGCGUCCACUGCUUCCGAGUAG